CCACGCCCACCAUCGUCAUUGAUCGAUCGAUUGCACCCUCUUCAAUCCCUCUUCCUGUCUCACAACAACAACAACAACAACAACAACAACAACAACAACACCCGCGCGAUGAGCCUCAAGCACUUUGAUGUGACCGCCGAUGGCGAGGUCGAUCUCAAGAUCACGCCGGAUGGCGCCGCCUCCGCGGAGCCCAUCACUGUCAUGCAGCGCUUCAAGGAGACCGUCGAGAAAGUCGGCGACCGCCCCGCGCUGUGCGUGAGCCGGGAUGGCGCGUGGCAGCAGUGGACGUGGCGCGACUUCUACGAGGACGUCAAGAUGGCCGGCCGCGCCUUCAUCAAGCUUGGCCUCGACGCGCACCACGCCGUCGGCAUCAUCGGCUUCAACAGCCCCGAGUGGUUUAUCGCCGACCUUGGCGCCAUCUUCGCCGGCGGCUUUGCCACGGGCAUCUACACGACCAACGGGCCGGAGGCGAUUGAGUAUGUGGUGAACCACUCCAAGACCCAGAUCAUUGUUGCCGAAGACAAGAAGCAGCUGGAUAAGAUCCUGCAGGUGCACCAGAACUUUGAGCAUCUCAAGGCGAUUGUGCUGUACAACGACACGGUGCCUGAUGUGGAGUGCACCGUCCCCAUCCUGGACUGGGACGAGUUCAUGCGCCACGGCGCAGACGUGCCGGACUUUGAACUUGGCCACCGCAUGAGUGUGCAGAAGCCCGGGCAGUGCUGCAUGCUCAUCUACACGUCUGGCACGACGGGUAACCCCAAAGGCGUCAUGAUCACGCACGACAACGUCACGUGGACGUCCGCCACGCUUGCCGCCUCUCUGCCCAACAUGACGUUUGGCAAGGAGCACAUUGUCAGCUACCUCCCGCUGUCGCACAUUGCUGCGCAGAUUCUGGACAUGCACGCGCCCAUGAUCCUUGGCGCAACCGUCUGGUUUGCUCAGCCGACUGCGCUCAAGGGAACGCUGGUGCAGACGCUGCAGGAGGUGCGCCCAACGGUGUUCCUUGGCGUCCCGCGCGUGUGGGAGAAGAUUGAGGAGAAGAUGCGGGCUGUUGGCAGCGAGACGACGGGCCUGAAGAAGAAGAUUGGCACGUGGGCCAAGCGCAAGGGUCUCGAUGGCGCAUACGCCAUCCAGCAGGGGCGGCCCGUGCCUAGCGGCUGGGGCGUCGCAAAGAAGCUUGUGUUUUCGAAGGUGCGCAAGGCGCUUGGGCUUGACCGGUGCAAGUUCUUUGCCACCGCCGCCGCCCCAAUCUCAAAGGACACGCUCGAGUACUUCCUCUCCAUCAACAUCCCAAUCAUGGAGGUGUAUGGCAUGUCCGAGAACACGGGCCCGCAGUCGCUGAACAUUCCCGGGAAGCACCGAACGGGCUCGGUCGGCCUGCCGCUCGCCGGCACGGAGCUCAAGAUCCACGAGCCAGACCAGGACGGCAACGGCGAGAUCUGCUUCAGGGGAAGGCACAUCUGCAAGGGGUACAUGUACAACGAGGAGAAGACACGGGAGUCGAUUGAUGCCGAGGGCUGGCUGCACUCUGGCGACAUUGGGCGGGUGGACGAGGACGGGUACCUCUACAUCACGGGCCGCAUCAAGGAGAUCAUCAUCACCGCCGGCGGCGAAAACGUUGCGCCCGUCCCCAUCGAGAACCUGGUGAAGGAGAACUGCCCGAUCAUCAGCAACUGCAUGCUGAUUGGGGACCGCCGCAAGUUCCUGUCGCUGCUCGUCUGCCUCAAGUCCGAGGUUGACCCGGAGACAACCGCCCCCCUGGACGAGCUCACCCCCCAGACCAUCGAGAUCCUCGAAGCGCAAGGCUCCAAGGCCAAGACUGUGACGGAGGCGAUGGACGACGAGCACGUUCUCAAGUACAUUCAGGCCGGCAUUGAUGAGGCCAACAAGCACGCCGUCUCCCGCGCCCAGAAGGUGCAGAAGUUCAAGAUCCUCCCACGCGACUUUAGCGUGCCUGGUGGCGAGCUUGGCCCCACGCUCAAGCUGCGUCGCCCCAUUGUCGUGAAGCAGUACGAGGAGCUCAUCGACAGCUUCUACGCCUGAUCCACACGCCAACCAAUGAUGAUUUGAUGACUGUGAUGCUGGGUGCUCACGUGUGUGCGCCCAUGCCUCAGCUCACAUCCAGCUCACAUCGCAUUCGCCACCCAGCACCACUUCCCACACGCUUACCACCUGUCUCUGUUUUGGCCCGUUGUAGAUGAUUUGUGUAAAAUUCUG